AUGGCCCAAAUUGUGUGUGUUUUGGCACUUCUGUGUUUUGCAUCGUGUGUUGUGGAAAAUUCAGGAACCAUGCAGGAAUUUAAAGACCUCCAACUUCAACAAGACUCAUUGCCAUGGCUCCAGAAAUUACAAGACAAACAGGAAUUAAUGCAGAAACAGAACAUAGUACAGUUGCUUUAUAGACUUUUCAAAUCCGAAAAACCAAUGAUCCUCCAAGGAACCAAAGGCACAGAGCGACAGGAGAAAGAGCGACGUGGUUUGGAUAAGGGCGUGACAACUCUGGCUCGCAGGGCUGGCUGCAGAGUCUUCUUCUGGAAGUCCUGGACUGCCUGCUAA